AUGACUACCCUACAGAACCUCUUUGUGGCGAAGCUGCCACGUAACCUCACUGACGCUGAUCUCGAGCAAAUAUUCCUCGAGUACCACCCCACCAAUGCCAAGGUAAUGCUGGACGCUACAACGGGCAGGAGCAAAGGCUUUGGGUUCGUGUUGUUUGAGUCGGAGGACGCCGGACGGGAGGCGUAUGAAAAGCUGAACAAGACCCACGUAACGCUGCACGGCCACCAUUUCACUCUCUGCAUCUUCCCAUCGAAGCACGAUGGGAAGAUCGCCGUGGAGGAAAACAAGGCCCUCUACGUGCGUAAUAUCCCGCUGAAGCUGUCACAGCUAGAAGUGGAGCAGUUUUUGCGCGGCUUUGGGCCCCUCACCUACUGCGCAAUGCGCGAGGACAGUGUGGGUGGUAGCGUUUGGGUGGUCUACGCUGAGUACGACACGGUGGAAUCCGCCAAAAGUGCGCUGGCGAGUUUGCACGGCAACCGCUUCUACUUCAACACGUCGGUGGCCAUCUUAGCCAAGUACGCCGACUCCGAGGAGGCGAAGCGGGAGCGUCGUCGUCGGCGCGAACAGCAGCAGCAGCUCACAGUGAAGCAGCACGUCGAUACGGCGCACAACUCCAGGUCUCAUAGGGUCGGUCAUGGCGGCACCAGGGGAUUUGCUGAUCACGCCAACAACACGCUGCUAUCACCGCCGCCGCCGAUCUGCACCGAUAACAGUGUGCCGCACACGAACUCCACCCCUGAGACACGUAUGGAGGGGGCCGGCACCUCGCAGCAGUCACGGGUGUUCGCCAGCAUUUCCGAUCACUUUUCUCCUGGCCGUGUUGGUGGUGCACCGCCACCGCCAGGAAUGGGUCAGCCCGUGGCGUCACCGGCGUUGUUGACAGCGGGAUUAUCUACGAUGCAGCAACCUCCACCAACGCCGACCGUUCUCGUCCAGCCGCAGCAGUCUCCAACCUUCACCUCGGGGUCGUUCCUCAACGUUACUUUUAACCCUACAAACGCGAGCACUUUUGGGAACAACUUCACCCACUACGGCGUUCUUGACCAAACACCGAGUCGCAGUUAUCCAGGUACUCCGCUGAACUUUAGCUUUGGACCAGAAAUGGAGAACUCUGGAGCCCUUCCCAACGGCUGCAGUGUCGGCAGUAACGCGAUGCUGGAUGCAAGCGCACACGCACUCACGACGCCGGUGCAUCGCAGCAGCAACUUGAGCCCAAGCGGCAGCUACCGUCACAACCCGUACGCUCCGGUCACGCCGGUGUCGUCGACACAUAGCUCAACUGGGCCCAGCUCUCCCUUAGUUUCCUCCAUACCGUACCCCACAGCACCCCUCGUAAACAUGCACUUUGGGGCAUCCCAUCAGGUUCAGGGCUCGCCGGUGGUGCCGUAUCCGCCAGGACAGGGCAUAGGCCUCACGAAUAACCAUUUUUCCAGCCGCGGGAACAACACAUAUCUGGCUGCACCAGCGAGCUUGAACGACCUAGGCCAGUAG